CAUCACCGUGGAGGCUCGAACCUGCUCGAACAUUUCGAUCGCGCUUCUUCGCCGCUAGGGUUUUCUCGAUUCGAUAACCGAAGAUGAGUUCGGAGGCAGCGGCGAAGGGUGGCCGAGGCAAGGCUAAGUCUUCUAAAUCUGUUUCUCGGUCGCAGAAGGCCGGCCUCCAGUUCCCUGUCGGCCGUAUUGCCCGCUUCCUUAAGAACGGAAAGUACGCCGACCGUGUCGGCGCAGGUGCCCCCGUCUACCUCGCCGCUGUUCUUGAAUAUCUUGCUGCCGAGGUUUUGGAGUUAGCUGGAAACGCUGCGAGAGAUAACAAGAAGAACAGGAUCGUCCCGAGGCAUAUACAACUCGCUGUCAGGAAUGAUGAAGAGUUAAGCAAACUUUUGGGAACUGUCACGAUCGCUAGUGGCGGUGUUCUGCCAAACAUCCAUCAGACUUUACUGCCCAGUAAGGGAGGGAAGGGAAAAGGCGAUAUCGGUUCUGCAUCACAGGAAUUUUAGUUUGAAACAUUUUGUAGUCGGAGAAGUCGUGGUUAAUGGCGAUAUGUUGUAUUCCGCAAAUUUGUAAUGCGCUUUUGGCACUUUUUUGGCGACGAUUAUUACAUAUUAAAUGACGAUAAUAAUUGAAAAAGAUAUUUUUUUUGAGCAAAUAGAUUUUUCAUACUUUGAUAUUA